AUGUCACUUUCUUUUCUUGGACUGCUGGCUCUUAGCAGCCUGGCAGUUUCAGCUGCUCCUAAUCCCUCAUAUCCAUUCAACGCCCAGCUACCUCCUGUGGCUAGGUAUGGACAAGCUUAUCAGUACCAGAUCCCUUCAGACACAUUUGUUACUCCUGAUGGCAGCUUAAAUUACUCGGCAAGUGGCCUGCCAUCAUGGCUAGCUUUUGAUGACUCUACAAGGACCCUUUCAGGAACCCCUCCUUCGUCUUCUAGUUCACAAGGUGACCAGAUGCUCAGUUUCACUCUGACUGGUACUGAUGCCAGUGGAAGCACCAAUUCCACCUGUCAAUUACAGCUAUCGGCUGCUUCUGAGCCUCAAUUAUCAAAUGCUGAUGUACUAGAUACCGUUCUUACGAAAUCAGGACCUUUGGCCGAUGGUAGUUCAGUAGUGGUGAAACCUGGCCAGCCUUUUAAUAUCCAGUUUCCCCAACCUCUUUACCAGGACAGUCGUCAAGUUAUCUCAUACAAUGCAUUGACCAGCUCUCAUUCCCCUCUUCCGAUUUGGAUGAACUUUGAUGCGUCUACUCUGACGUUCUCUGGAACAGCUCCUUCCAUCAACUCACAAAUCGCUCCCGCUGAAGAGUUUGGCGUCGCUCUGAUCCUGACCGACUACUCUGGCUUUGCUAGUGCUGAGAUUGAUUUCCAAUUGCUGAUUGGUGCUCAUCAGUUUGCUAUUGACUUUGUCUCUCAGGAAGUCAACACUACAGUGGGUAAACCAUUCCAAUACGAGAUUCCUCUCAGUAACAUCACUUUGGAUGGCCAAGGCUUGACUGGUCUGCAGAACAUCUCUUCUGUGUCCAUCAACUCCAACUCAUCCAAUUCAUGGAUUUCUUUAGACAGCUCGAAUGGAACUUUAUCAGGAACUGCCCCAAGUGACUCGGCAGGCAAGUCAUACACCAUCAGUGUUACUAUGAAUGACUUGUUUGACGACUCGGUUACUUAUGAGCUGAUUGUAUCAGUUCAAGGUGCUGAUGGCGAACAGAUCUUCUCCUCUAGUUCAUUGAACCCAGUCAAUGCAACCAGAGGUCAGUUCUUCAAGUACGAUGUUUCUAGUUUCUUGCUUGACAAAAAUGCCACUUUGUCAGUAACUCAAGAUCCUAAGACGAGUUGGCUAAACUUCAACUCUGAUAACAACACUUUUACUGGUAUGGUACCCGAUUCUUUCAACGAGACUACCGUUACACUGAAGGCCAGCAACGAUAAAAACCUUCAAAAGAGAGCUUCGGAGACUGCUUCGUUUACUAUCAACGGUGUGGAUGAGAAGAAACCUGUGCAUUCGUCUAGUACUAGCGCAUCUUCUACCUCGACUCCCACUGCCAGUGCAACUGCUAGCUCGUCAACAGCUGCUUCUACUACAGCAGCGUCAGCAGCACCUCAUUCCGGUGGCGUUUCCAACAAGACCAUUGCUAUUUUAUGUGGUGUUAUUAUUCCAGUUUGUGUUCUCCUGGCUCUGUUGAUUCUGUUCCUCUGUUGUAGAAGAAGAACCAGAUCCAAUGCUGACGGCCGCUCACCAUCACCUAAGUUGCAAAUCUCGGACCCUAUUCUUCCUGAGAGUGACAUCGAGAAAAACCCCGGUGAUCUUGUUUAUCCCGUAAAGUCAAUAACUUCUGGCACCACAGCAGGUGUUCACACUCCUGAAAUGGGUAAAGGAGGAAAGCUGAAUGAAACUGAGAUUGCUCCUACUGGACUUCGCAACAUUACCAACAACAACGAAUGGGAAGAUUCACCUCAACGUGCUUCGACCUUCAACUUCCUUCGUAUUGAUGGUGGCCGUGAAGAUGAUGACGAGGAGGAUAUUCAAGAUGCUAACCAUAUUAAUAACACAUCUACAUCCUCUGGAGAGACUCAUAUUGGAGACCGAAGUUUCAGCAAUGCCAGUGCUGAGCAUGCCAGCCAGCCUUUUGUUGGACAGGCUCUGACACUUCCUGGUGACGAUUCUGUUCAACAGCGUCCCAACUCCGAAGUCGAGGGACGUCCAAGAAACUCUUGGCGACAAACGAAUACUUCAGACAAGAGAUGGCAAGAACACCAGUCUCUCGGAUCUUUGGCUACUAUCUCUACAGACGAACUUUUAACAGUUAGACUUGUUGACAGAGACAGUGGAAUUAGCAGCAGUCAAAGAGACAGUCGACCAGAUUCGUUCAUGGAUCCCACCAAAUCGCGCAUUCUCACUCCCCAUCACUCGUUCAUGCCAAGUGAUGGUUCCUCAACUAUCCUCAAACCUAUUGGUUCACAUUCAUCCACCUUACAAGGCCACAGCCAAUCUAACUCGAUUGCUUACAGCGAGAGAGACACCGAGCCUGCUCCACCAAUGCCCAACCUAGACUCGCUACAAGAAGAGCAAGUGCGAUCUACCAGCGGAGCCAGCAGAAGACCAUACAAUCCCAAAGAUGGCACCACAUCCUUCUAUGGACUUGACUCUGAGUCGAUGAGUACCGACUACCGAACUGCUAGUUCUGGAGACGACUACGACGAAGAAGAGGAUGAAGACGAGGCUCACAGUUCUGAGGGAGAAGUGAUUCGACCCUACCGCAACUCACAAGGCGAAUUAAAGUGGAACCAAGUACCACGAGACGAAUCCAGCGACUUUGUGUCCAUGGCCAGCGAAGACGAGUACAGCGACAACAACACCGAGGUUCUUGACGGCCCCAGCCGCUACAGUGCUUCAACUGCUCGCACCAGUUCCCGCCGUGACACUGGCGGUAAACUCGUAGACUUCACCAAAAAAGGCGAGAGCAACCACAAUCCACCCGUCAAUGACAACAGCCUUUCCGGCGAGCUUGCCUUUUUGUAA